UGACGAGCCAACCAGCCCAGACCGCGGAGAAAUGACUCCCGUCCGCCCUUGCCCCGCGUUCCGCUAUUACUUCCUUCCGUCUUUGCUCCGCUUAGUGUUUCAUGACGCGCGGAGCGCACAGCCGGGGGCUAGGGCCGGGGCCGCGGGACUCUCCCUGCCAGGCCCGCUCCUCGGCCACGCCCCGCGGGGCACCGCACCGCUCAGGAUGCUCCGACCACUGUCCAGCACUAGCCCACUGAGCCGAGGCUGCUGCGGAGCCAAGACCCCCGUCAUUUCCCCCAGCAAGCGGGCUCGGCCUGCGGAGGAGGGCGGCAUAAGGCUCCGCUUUGCCCGGCUCUCGGAACACGCCACGGCCCCGACCCGGGGGUCGGCGCGGGCCGCGGGCUAUGACCUGUACAGUGCCUAUGAAUAUACAAUACCACCUAUGGAGAAAGCCCUUGUCAAAACAGACAUUCAGAUUGCUCUUCCUUCAGGGUGUUACGGAAGAGUAGCUCCACGUUCUGGCUUGGCUGCCAAACACUUCAUAGAUGUAGGAGCUGGUGUCAUAGAUGAAGAUUACAGAGGAAAUGUUGGUGUUGUACUGUUUAAUUUCGGCAAAGAAAUAUUUGAAGUCAAAAAGGGUGAUCGAAUUGCACAGCUUAUUUGUGAACGGAUUUUUUAUCCAGAAAUAGAAGAAGUUCGAAUUUUAGAUGACACUGAAAGGGGUUCAGGAGGUUUUGGUUCCACUGGAAAGAAUUAAAAUUUAUGCAAGAAUAGAAAAUGAGAAAACGUCCUUUUUAAAAAAAAUAAUAAAUAAAGGGUUUUUGCUUAAAGUGUUUUGGUGCUUUGCACUUUUGUAAACUUAAUAGCUUUAACUUCUAAAAAUAUUUUGUUAUGAUCAGGGAAAGGUCCUCUGUUGGGAUCACAUAGAAACUUACUUUCUUGUGUUUUUCUGCAAUUGAUGGCUGUAUGUAAAUCUGCUUUGUGGUAACCUGAUACAAAUAGUGUCUUUUUUAAAUUAAGUGUACAUCUGUUGCAGAUACAACUAUCAGCUACAGAUACAAAAAAGCUAUAUUAUUUAAUUCAAUAAAUGAUAUCCCU